UUGAACGACCAAGCCAAAGCACUUAAAUUCGAUAAAAUUAAAAAAAAAAUAGAAAAUAAUACUUUAAAAUUUGUAAUUUUGCAUUUCAAAAAGAUUUCAAUAAGCUUUUAAGUUAUUUGUGCGUAAAAAUUUCAUGUAAUAUUGCAUUUCUGAAUAUUCAUUUCAUGCUAAUUAUGAAUUUAUAAAACUUCUAUGGAUGAUAUGGUGAAAACAUAAAAAUUUUCAAAAUUGCUAUUUUCUUUGGCAUUAAGUUCAAAAACUUAUCGGAAUGAACGGAUCAGUUAUGGAAAGCAGAGGACCGUCUGCCGCAAUACCUCCUGCAUCAGCUGGUCAUUCUCAAGCGCAACAUAAACAGCCUCGCAAUUUUAAAAUGCUCUCGGACCCACAUUUGAGUAAAGGGGCUCCAAAAGUAUACAGGUUUGAUGGUAUUGUUCCAAAUGACCCAACAUAUCCGCCAAUUAUUGCUCGUGAUCCAAGAAAUCAAUUGGCAAGAUAUAAACAGCGAAUAGAGCCUCUAACAUUGUCUGUACCAAGGUUUAAAAUUGAUUCUAAUUAUAUUGGGGAACCACCAGCAAUAGAAAUUACUAUAACAAAUAUUAAUGAUAACAUAGACAAACAAUUUUUGUCUGGAUUACUAGAAAAAUGCGGAAGUUAUGAUGAAAUGCAAAUAUUUUAUCAUCCCAUGAAUAAUAAGCAUUUGGGUUUGGCAAAGGUGGUGUUUGAAAACAUAAAAGCAGCCAAGUUAUGUAUUGAAAAAUAUAAUCAAAAAUCAGUAAUGGGAAAGGUUUUAAAUGUUUUUCAUGAUCCAUUUGGCGAAUACUGUAAAAAAUUAUUUGAGAAUUUUACGAGUAAAGAAAAACGUGUGCCUAUUCCAAUGGCACCUGUAAAACUUCCCACAAAUUCUGCGCCUCAGGUGUCGAUAUCAUCUCAUUUAUCUAACCAGCAAACAAUGCAACCGCAUCUUCCAAUUAAUUUUGAAUAUCAAACAGAAUACUCACAAAAUAAUUAUGAACAUUCGGCAUCAUCCUCUAACUAUAGUAACUAUCAUCACCGAUCCUCUGAAGAUCGUUACUCGAGUGCAUCAUAUGUCCGGGACCGGUAUUCUUCAAAUGCAAAUAUUAACGAAGAACCGCAUAAUAGGUCUAGAGAUAGAGAACGUGUUCAUCACCGUGAUAGAGACAGAGAAAAGGAUAGAGAUCGUGAUAGAUCAAACAGAUCAGAUAACAAAUAUGACAAAAAAGAUAACAGACGUUACGAAAAAGAUAGAAAACACCAUCAUUAUCAUCAUAAAAGUGAUCGGGAUCGGGAAAGAAGACGUGAUCGAAGUAGGAGUCGAAGUCGAAGUAGAGAAAAGGUGAAGGAUCGAUCAAAAGAUCGGGAUUAUGAGCGAAGUGAAAGAGACAAACAUCGUAGAAAUACAAGGUACACAAGAAAUGAGCGAGAAUUUUCAGCUUCAUCAUCUUCAACAGCUGCUUUAGCAAAUUCUGUACCUACUGCCCAUCCUACAUCUUCAAUGCCGUCAAGUUCAAAUCACAAUUAUCCGAUGCAUCAAAUUCAUAGUGGUUUUCACCACGUUCCAUCAAACCCCAUUCCUUCAAUGCCCCAAUCCCAAUACGUAUAUCCUCCAAAUGUUUAUGCAAGUCAAACUUCGUCGGUUUAUGGUCAACAUAUGCCGCAACCUCAACAAUGGCCCGCUACAGGAAGUUCCUGGAACAAUCAUCACCAUUUUCAUAAUUCUCAUUCUUACCCGCCCCCUCAACCACAUCACCAGUAUCCUCAACAAAGUGCUCAACACAAUUAUCACGCGUAUGGAAAUCAUCGUGUGGAACCACCUGGUAAUCCUCCUUCAGUACAACAGCCUCCUCCGCCUCCGAAAGCAAAUUCAGAUUCUGAAAAUUGGGAUUCUCCUACAAAUUCACCCGAAAAAGCGCAAAAACCUAUUUUUCCGUCAAAGAACGGUGGUAUUUCAGGUAAAAUCAAAGUAAAGAAUGGAAAUGAAACUCCAGACUGGGAUGAAGAGAGUGAUCACGAAUCUUCAAGAGAAAAUUCAUUAAAAAGUAAACAAACAAUUAUUCAAUCAACUCCAUCUCCCAAGAUUAUUUCAUCAAUAAAAAGAGGAGACGAAACGCCUGACUGGGAUGAUGAAGUUGACGAAAUUUGCGACUCAAAUCGGAGGGAUGAAAAAAGCGUUAAACCCCAUAAAAAUGAUUACGUUAAAACGUCAAAAAUGGACGAAACCACACCUGAAUGGACAAUAAAAGAAGAAAAUAAAGCAUCUCCUCUUUCAAAUAAAAAUAUAUCUUUAGCCGAAAUUACAUUCAAAACAUGGGAUUGUUCAUCUAAGAAAGUAGAGAACGAUAGUUCGGAUUGGGAUGAGGAAAUUGAUAUUAAACCAAGGUUGGAAAUAAAACAAGAAAACAUAGAACAGCCAAAUAUAAAAAAUGAAAUCAAGGCAAAUUUUUGCAAAGUGGAGCCGUCUAAAGAUUCUACACCACUUUCAUCUCCAAAAAAUUUGGAACUGGAAGAUGAACACUCGAACGUUGAUUUAGAUACUCGAAUAGCUAUGAUGUUCAAAGAGAAAUCAUUUGGUACGGCUCCGCCAUUUCUGCAAUUAGAUGAUGAUGAAGAAAAUGAAGAGGGUGAAAUAGAUGAUUCAAAAGCCAAAUCAAAACGUAAAAAAGAAAUCAAAUGUAUAGAAAAAUCCUCGCAAGAUGGAGCAAGUGAUAUAUCGUCGACAGACGAUGAAAUUUUAGCGAAGGGCACCUCUAGUCCCUUGAAUAAACCAUGUAAAAAGGGUUUAAGGGAACGGGAAGAUGAUCACAUGUCCUUAUCUAGUCUUUCGUCACAUGACGGAAAAUUAGGAGGGAUUCCUAUACCACCACAACCUCCUGAAGAGCAACCUCCGUUACCACCGAACACUCCGCCACCGCUACCAACAGAUUUGCCUCCAAUGCCACCUACAGUACCGUUUAAUCAACCACCACCACCAGGAUAUCAGGUUGAUUCCCAGUCAACUUAUUAUUAUCCACCAUAUAAUGCUUAUCAAUCUGGAAAUUAUUUUCCAAAUUCUGGUGCACAACAUACAACUGGCUAUAUUCAUCCAUAUUUCCCAAGUUUCCCUGGGAAUGCGGCAAUGUUAUCUAGUGGAAACCCAAAUCACUACAUUGCAACUACUCAUUCAUCUGGUUACCCAAAUAAUUAUUACGCAAAUUCAUCUCAUUAUCCUAGGUUUAGUAAUUUAAAUAAUUAUCAACGUCCACCUUUUGAUUACAAUUACUAUCAUUAUAAUGGAAUGGCACAAAAACUUGAUGGACAAAUUAGUAACUCAGAGACACCUAAGCAUAAUCCUCAUGAAAAAUCUAUAGCAAAAAUUGUUGAACGGGUAACCAAUGAAUUAAAGCAAAUCCUUAAACGUGAUUUUAAUAAAAAAAUGAUUGAAAAUACGGCUUUUAAAAAAUAUGAAAGUUGGUGGGAUGAGCAGGAACGUAAUAAAAACAAAACUGUUAAUUCCGUUUCAAUUGGCGGUCCAGAUAAUUUAUUAAACAGCAUGAAAGUUGACAGUGGACCUGAUAUUAAUCAAUUAAUCAAUAGCAGUCGUGAUAACAUUGAUUUUAGCAACUAUACGAAUUUAGGUCUUAGAGCAUCCAUUCCAAAAUUACCAUCUUUUAGACGAAUUAGAAAGCAACCAAGUCCAACUCCAAAGAAACGUAGAAAAUCAUCUUCAGCUUCAAUAUCUAGUGCGGUUACACAAGGCCCAAGCAUUGAUGUGGACACAAAAUUAAGAGAGGAAGAAGAGUGUAGGAGACGAUCUAGCGAUCAAGAGGAUAUGGUUGAAACGUCUGAUUCCGAAAAAGAAAAUGAUGACAGUGGUGAUAAUAAAACUAAACUUGAUUUCAAGGAUGAUAACAAUUUAAAUACUAUUGAUAGAGAAAAUAUUGAACGCAAACGUAAGGGAAGCCUUUCCAGUUUCUUUACUACGUCGAGUGAAGAUGAGGAUACAAGUGAUGAUGAGGAUGAAGAUGAAGAAUCGUCAGUAUCUGACGAUUCAGAUGAGAGUUCUUUAUCUGAAGCUGAUCCUGAGAUAAAACAGUUUACUAAUUCAACUAUACAAAAUCGUAGAACUAAAGAGCUCGUGUCAGACAAAAUUUAUUCUGACUCAGAAGAUGAUUAUGAAAUAAUUAAAGAAUUUUCAUCUAUAAAAUCUACACCAAAUUUAAAAAAUAAAACAAAGGCGAAAAUAUACUCUGAUACAGAUUCGGAUCAUGAUAUAUCUAAUUCAAAUAAAGCUAGUCGCAGUAAACAAAAUAACCAAUCUAAUGAAUUUGCUAACCGUAAACUAUUACGAUCUCCAGAAUUUGAUGAAAUCAGUAAAGAUAGUAUAUUAAGUAAUGUUUCGCAGGAACCUCCACCAACGCCUGGAAAAGAUGAAGGAAAAAUUUCAGUCAAAUUGGAAGAAAGUAAUGUCAAAGAAAGUAAAGCGGAAACAGCUGAUGAAAAAAUGAACUCUACGAAAUCUGUAAAGAAAUCAAUUUUCGAAUAUGAUCGUAUUUAUAGUGAUUCUGAAGAAGAAAGAGAAUAUCAAGAGAAAAGAAGACGCAAUACCGAGUACAUGGAACAAAUUGAAAGAGAAUUCCUAGAAGAACAAGAAAGAAAACGCAAAGAAAUAGAAGAACAACAGGCAAAUGCUGCAGCGGAAGAAGCAAAAUCUGAGGCUUUAGCUAAAGAAAGAGAACAGUUACUACUCAAAUUGAAAGCGCGAUAUUCUAAAAAUGAAAAUGUAGAUGAAGAAUCAAAUAAAGAGAAGGAAAUUUUGAGUUCAAAAGAAGAAAGUCCCAUACAAGAUGCGGAGAAAAUUGUCGAAAAUGUUGUGGAAAAUAAUAAAGAAGUCGCAAGUAAGAACUUUAAAGAAACAAUUUCUUCAACACCUCCCAGCGAAAAAUUGUCGCCAGUUCAUACUACUCCAGUUCCUCUUACUAUAUUAAAAAGUAAUCAAUCUAGCCUUGACAUUCCACUUACUCCAGAUAUAUCUAAAAUUCCUCCAACUCCUGGCGGAAAUCUUAUAUUUUCGACUCCUUCCUCAACAAGUUCUACAAAUUCAUCGGAAAAUUUACCAUUCACUUCUGAAAAUACAAAGGAUAGAUCAGAAUCAUCUAGCAAAAUGGUUACUUCAGUUCCCGUGGAUAAUUUGACAAAUGUUCCAGUGGUGUCUAUUAAGUCUGAACAAGAAUUUUCAUUAAUCGAAGAUCCUCGAUUAUCGCCAGCAUCUUCGGAUGGUGGUUCAAGUCAAGCUAGUCAAGUGGCAAUUGAACAUUGCUAUUCAUUACCUCCAUCAGCUUCGGACAAUAAAGAUUCCUCUGCACAAAAUAGUGAAGUGUCAGGUAGAAAAUUAUCAGCCGAUAUUUUAGCUCACGAUCAUGGUUAUACUUCAUCCCCUGUACCUGUUAUGGUUAAGGAUGAACAAGUAUUUAAUUCUUCCGAAUUAAUGAAAGAUACAGCGUUUGUUGACGCACAGCAACAUCUACAAGUAAAUGAAUCAACACCCAGUACGCAAAAUGUGGUUCCUAUUAGGGCCGGACCUGGACGACCACGUAAAGAUCCAACCAAACCUAUGAUACCAAAUCAAGCAAAUAAGAAAAAAGAUGAAACGAAAAAAGCGAAAAAGAAACGAGAGCUUGAAAUGUUACUGGAAGCUGAAAUUAAAAGCAGAGAAAUUACAUCUUUUAUUCCACAAGAAAUGUUUAAACCUCGUGAUAUGAAUGAAGAAAUGAUGGCGUUAUAUGAGUUCUUAACGAAAGGCAUUGACGGUGAAGAUAUUGAAUAUUUAAAAAAGAGUUACGAAUGCUUAUUACAAGAUGAUGCUAACAGUUUUUGGUUGAACGCCACCCAUUGGGUUGACCACUGUAUUACUGAUAGGACAUAUCUGCCUCCGCCAAGUAAGAAACGAAAAAAGGAAGAAGAAACAUAUAAGCAUAUAACAGGAUGUGCAAGAACUGAAGGAUAUUAUAAAUUAGAUAUAAAAGAAAAAUCUAAACAUAAAUACCAUCAUGCUAAAAGUCAUGCAAUAGGAGAUGGAAAUCUCAAUUCUGAGCAUGAACAGCAAAUAAGUAAGGUCGUAACAAAAAUGCAGGGUCUUUCUAGAGAAGCACGCUCUAAUCAAAGAAGAUUACUUACAGCUUUUGGCUCAAUUGGUGAAUCAGAAUUACUGAAAUUUAACCAAUUGAAAUUCCGGAAAAAGCAAUUAAAAUUUGCAAAGUCAGCUAUCCAUGAUUGGGGUCUUUUUGCAAUGGAACCAAUAGCAGCUGACGAAAUGGUUAUAGAAUAUGUUGGUCAAAUGAUUCGUCCAGUUGUAGCGGAUUUAAGAGAACAAAAGUAUGAAGCUAUCGGAAUUGGUAGUUCUUAUUUAUUUAGAAUAGAUAUGGAAACAAUUAUAGACGCAACCAAAUGUGGUAAUUUAGCUCGAUUUAUAAACCACAGUUGUAAUCCAAAUUGUUAUGCAAAAGUAAUUACAAUAGAGUCAGAAAAGAAAAUUGUUAUAUAUUCUAAACAACCAAUUAGUGUAAAUGAGGAAAUUACAUACGAUUACAAAUUCCCAUUGGAAGAUGAGAAAAUACCUUGCUUAUGUGGUGCCCAAGGCUGCCGUGGAACUCUCAAUUAAGAUAAUGAUAUAAAAAAAUAGUUUAACGUCUUUUUUUUUCUUACUUUCGAUUUAAAGCAAAAAAAUAUAUGUUUUUAGAACUUUUAAUUUAGUUAAUAUUUAUUGUUAUAUAAAAAAGAAAAUUUUUAAUUAAUUUUUAUCAAAUAAUAAGUAAAAUAUAAAAAAAAAAAUGCAUGUAAAAAAAAAGUACAUUAUUAUAGAAUAGUGAAGCUAAGAAAAAAAAAAAAUAAAACAAAAUAAAGAAAAAUUUAACAAAAUAUUUGGAAAAAAAAAUUUUAUAUUUAGGUUUACAUACAUAAUA